AUGGAAGGUUUAGUCUCCCCAACUGAUUCUGUUUAAAUAAAUUGGAAAUUUGUAACUAGACUAGAAAAACUAAGGAAGCUUUUUGAUAAUAAUCUACAAAAGAAAAAUGAAUAAAAUAUCAUAAUUUAAUAAUCCGAAACUGUUAUACCUGAUUGGGAUGAGAUUUUAAGUUGCUAUAAGGAUGUAGAAAGGUCACACAACGAGUUUAAUAUGACAAACAUUGGAAAAUGGAAAAAGAUGGAUAAUUAGGAAAUAGACCUCCUGAAGAUAAUUGUAGGAUUGUAUUGCAACAUUCAUAAUCUUUAGCCUUUAUUGAUGGUAUUAAUAAAUAUUAAUGUUUAGGAUGUUUAUGAUUGGGAUUAAGUAGGCUCAAUAUUAUUCAAUAGACAUUGGAAAGUUUGUAGAAGUAAAUGGAUGGAAAGUUAAGCAACUUCUAUAGUAGAUCAUCCUUGGUCUCGAGAAGAGGAUACUAUUUUAGCAUAGCUUUAUGAAAAACAUGCAUAAUAGAAUAGAUAUAAUAAAUGGAGUUUAAUAUCUAUGGAAAUGAGUAAACUUUGCAAAUCAAACCAUGUAAGAUUGGGUAAAUAAUGCAGAGAAAGAUGGAUUAAUAAAUUAAAUCCUUUAGUUGAAAAGUAUAAAAAUUAAUUUUAUCUUUGUUUAGAGGUCCAUGGUACAAAGAAGAAGAGAUUAAAUUAUUAAUUGCUGUUCUCAAUUUUGGAAAGAAAUGGUCAUUAAUUUCAAGAACAAAUUUUAAUAAUUAAAGAACUGAAAAUUGUUUAAAAAAUAGAUUUCAUACAAUAAUCAAAAGAGAAUCAUCAAAAUUUGAAAAGAAUUAAACGCAAAAAUAAAUUUCAUAAGAAUAAACAUAGGAAGAUGAAGAAAAGUUAAUAGAGCAAAUUAUUCAAGAAUUAAAAGAAGAAUCUUUUCUUCAAUAAUAGUCCGAUAUCUGUACUAAGCAAAGGAAAAAAAUUACUAUUGAAUAAUUAGAUAAGAAUUUCAAUUUUAAUGACAAUACUAUUCAGAUAGCUAUAAUAAAGAAGAAUAAAAUUAAUGCAGUUUUAUGA